AUGGAACAAAUUGAACAAUUAGAAAACGCAAUCACUCAACAAGAAUUAGACUUAAAAGACCUUAAUGAAUUAUUAGUUGAGGACUCAACAAAUGAAGAAAUUCUUUCAUUAAAGAAAGAAGCAGAAACAACACUUAAUACAUUGAAAAAACAAUUAGAACAAUACCGUUUGACAAUCUUAUCUUCAAAAGAAGAAUUAAAACUAACAAACAACAGUUCUUCUAAUAAUACAAAUGAAACAAAAACCAUUUACUUUAAACCAAAUGACCAAGUUAUUGCAUGGAGUCAAAGAGAUAAUGGAUGGUUUGCUGCAAUGAUUACAAGACCAUCAAAUAAUCAAAUGUAUUGGGUCAGAUUUGGUCCUCGUGAUAAUCAACUUGUUUCAUUAGAUAAAAUUAAACCAUUUAGUGACAUUAAUUCAGUACAAUUAUCAAGUAUAAAUACUUCUAAAAUUAAAAUUAGAAAACUUCCUAAAAAAACAAUUACUGAAUUACCUAAAUGGACAAAACCAAAACCUAAUGACACUGAAAAAGAUUUAUUACUUAAAAGAAAAAAAAGACAUCAGUUAAAAUCUCUUAUGAAACAACAAAAAGAAGAAGAGGAUUUAGAAACAAAAAAAAAUAGUUGGAAGGCAUUUGCAAGUAAAAUGAAAAAAUAA